AUGGCGGAGCGGAGCAGCUCCUACGGCCGGGACGCAUCGGGGCGGGCGGGCGGUGAGGGGAGCAGGCAGGUGGCCAUGAGGGGCCCGAUCGGGGGACGAGACAGGGUCCGACGGGGCGGGCAAGCUACUGCGAGGGGCUCGGUCGGGUCGCUGCCGUCCUUGCCGCAGUCCUCCUUCAGCACCGUACCUGGAGCAGGGCCAGAGGGGCCUCCAGGAAGCCGCGCAGCCGCGCCGGGGCUGCUGGAGUGCCGCCGCUGCGGUUACCUGCGCACGGGCAGGGCCUUGUGCCAGGUGAUGGAGGCGCUGCUCGCCGUGCUGAUCCUGGCCUGCAGCUCCGUGUCCGGCAGCUCGACGGGAGGCUACACGGGCUUACCUAGCCUGGGGGGCAUCUACUACUACCACUUUGGCGGGGCGUACAGCGGCUUUAAUGGAGCCGAUGGAGAAAAAGCCCAACAGCUCGACCAGCGCUUCUACCUACAAAAGCUGCCAAUCGCCAGGGCUGCGAUGGCCGUGGGAGGAUGUCUCCUGGUCUUCUCUUGCCUUCUUAUUUUGCUUGGUGUUCUGCGGUUACCGUGGCAUUUCCCAGCCUGGCUGCUAAUUGAAUGCAUCCUGGACAUCAUCAUUGUAAUUGGCAUGGUGCCUGCUCUGUACUAUUUCUUCCAUUUUCUGCUGGGGGUCUAUAAUUCAUCAGUGUGCAAAGAGAGAGAGCAGCUUUAUCAAAGCAAAGGGUAUCAGGGGUUUAGAUGCAGCCUGCAUGGGGCAGAGAUUGCUACCGGCUUCUCAGGCUGCAUCACCAUCAUGGCAUACCUGCUUAGUGCAGGCCUAGCUCUCAAGGGGUACAGAACAGUUCACAAACUGAAGCAGAAGCCAGUACAAUCAUACGAACUCUAGAAUGAUUUCUCCACUCCAGAAACAGCUGAUUUUUGUCAGCCUCCUUACCCUGAGACAAAGUGAUACGCUUUUCCUUGCUUCUAGGCAGGGCAUCCUUCAUGCUGCAGCAGAACACAGAGAGUGCAGCUCUAAAUACAGUAGUCAAGCUGUUUCUAACUUAAGUGUGAAUUAUUUUAGUGGACACAAAGUUAAUUGGAUGGCUUCAUCUUGGUGGCUGUCCCAUAGCAAGAGACAU